GCUGUGAAGCCUCACAGCAGCAGCAGCUCCUCUUCUAAUCAAAAUUUCCGCUCGUCCAAUGCUUUAGAGGUUUCCAGCUCUCUACUUCUCGGCAUCAUGGUCGGUUCACCACUAUUCUUCGAUUACGGGCGGGAAGCAAAUGGUUGGGCGAGAGCGAAACGGCGACUCUACGGAGCCGUCAGACUUAUCAAUGCGUGCACUCUGGCCGCGGCAUAGCUAAAUUUGUUUUGAUUGUCCCUAAUUCCGACGGGUUCUUCACCAGCCCCCUUAACACCCCUGCUAGGAGUGUGUUUUUCUAUUUAAAGGCAGUCCAUCGAUGUGUUAGUUCCGGUAGUGUAGCGGUGCCUGGUGGUGGAUUAAGCAUAUUUCGGUCCUAUCGAUCAUGCAACUUGAACGUCACAACAAUCAUGCUGAGAUUAGAUGCGAAGUCGUUGGACAGAGCUAUGACUGUGACUAUAUCCCAAAAUACGUGAUUUGUUGGGAGCAUACCAAGUGAACAAGUGAAUUUUGUGGUUGCUCUUCUUCUUGAAUCCAGUUGGAAAAGAUCUCGCAUGGCCUGAUCGUAGAGUUCUAGAAAGUUUGGUCUGAGCAUUCUAUAUGCUUUUGCUGGUCGUAACACUACUCUCUACUUCCAAAAACAAAAAGAAGACAAACGAGUGGAUCGUGUGGAUAUGCUGUCGACUUCUUACAUACAGCUCUAGCAGAAACAUACUGGUAUAUAGCGAUACCCAUCGUUCCAAUACCAGCGCACACUGCGCGGGCCCUUUUCGCUUGCGUGCAGGGAAGAGCAGCAGCAUCUUACUCUUUCGCAUUAGCCCCUUCGAGACGUUCUUAGAUAGUGGUGUGUCGUUUAUACACUACACGGGGCUCGCACACAUCGAUAUGCAGCGUUAUUGCAUCCUAUUUUGCUUCGCCCCUGAGAGUACCACCCCGUGCUCUGAAGUGCACGCUGUGCUCUGGUUGAUAGCCGGGGUAGUAUGCUCCCAUUAGCUUUGCAAAAGCACACACGCACACACCCAAGUUCGAGCCCCGUUCCAGCACACAGCACAGUGCUGCUGCUACCCAACAGCGGAGGUCCUUUUUUGCCGUUUCGCACACCCGCAAACACGCAAGUGCCGGUUCGCUCACUCUGCCGCAUAGGGCGCCAUGUGACUCACUCUCGCUCAAACCCCACGGGUUCGUGUUCUUGUACGCGCUCUGCGUGUAGGGCAUGUUGAGCGCAGCGCACCGUUCCGUUCUGUUCAACGCGCCCUGUUGGAUGCGCCCUUGCGGCUGUUUCGUUCGCUCUGCUUCUGUAGAUGGGUUCUUGGCAAGCAGCGCGCACACUCUUACGUACGACCACAUGCACGAGACCCAUACGCGCGCACACACUCCCUAGAACGUGUGUGAGGCAGAGAAGAAACUGACAAAUAAAGAGGUAGAUAGAAAGAGAGCGCGAGAGCGAAACAGUGUGCGCCUGCAGCGAGAGCGCACCGUGAAGGAGAGUGGAAAAAGGACUAGGCAGAAACUGGUGUGUGAGCCUGGUUUGGCAGCGACCUCAUCCCGGCUCGCCGAAACAGGCUGUCAUUCGUGUUCAGAGCCUCCAAGCGGACAGAAGCUCUCCUCGGCUCGAAGAACGGAAAACAGUAGAGUAGAAGUUAGAAUCUUAGGGCACAGAAGAACAAAAAAAAAGUAAAGACACAAGUUAGAUAGUUGAGCUGUGUUCCAGUAUAUCACGUGCAAUGAUCAAACGAUCUUCCACCGGUGUCACAGCUUAAGAUCAUGCGAUAACAUCUCGCCACUACAAUAUCGUUCUCCCGCACUACUUGUGGAAGGAUUACUAUUCGAUCAUUCAAAUGAUCCUCGGUUGAUCUCUUCGCAAGCGGAAAGACUUACCCAGCCAAACCAUGCAGCAUCGGUAGCAUCGGCUUUAAAGCAAGAAAACAGUUCCUCUUGUGCGUGUAGUUUCUCUGUGGUGUGCUCUCUGUGUGUUUUGCUGGUUCGCAUUUGUGUGUGUGUUUGUGCCUAUUUUUCGUGCGUGUUCUUUGGUGUGUUUAGUGUGUUGUGUAACUCCGAUCCUUUUGGAGAUGAUAUUGGACGGAUUGUCGAAAGAAAGUUAAAAAUACCAACAACAAAAAAAAUGACUCCUAGCACCAGCAGCUAGUGAUCGUUCGGGAAAAAUAAAUUAAGAUACAAGUGAAGUUCACUUUGGUGCUUGUUGAUACCUAACUCCGCGUGCAAUUCGUGCACAUUCGUCUUCUUGAUCAGUCAGCUCGUGCGUGAAUGUGUGUCUGUGUUUGUGUUUGCGUGUGUUCAUAAUUUUGGUACACACACUCUCUGGAAACAAGAAACAUUACCGUCUCGCAGCACAUCAGCGUCGGAAGGCAUACGCUGCUCUCUAAAGUCAUUAUCAGGAAUAGCUAAACCCGCUCACUCCACGCCUCAACAUGUAUUACGACGACAACGUGGUGUUCGAGAUUGUCGAGCAUACAAGCCGCUUCACGCUCAACUCUGCCGGACGAUCGCCAGCAACCAGACGGACGGAGCAGCGCCAGCGCAGCCUCCAGUUCCGGCAGCACGGUGUGCCCCAGCGCAUGAUCUACGACGAUGGGUGCAAGAUGUUGGGCUCGCCCGGCAAGGAGAACAUGCCGACCGAGGAGCUGUCGUUUUACCAGAGCCACAGCCCGCAGCAGAGCCCCCGGCCGUGCAGCCCGUGCACGCUCUGUCCCGAGGAUGGCGAGCUGCUGCCGUCGGAGAGCAACACGCCCAGCAAGCACAUGGCGAUACCGAUCGUGAGCGGGACGACGGGCCCGAUGGUCGUCGCUGCCGCAGCCGGCAAGCUGACCACCGGCCCGGGCGGGCUCGGCUACCGUCUGCGCCGCCCGCUGGACGAUCACGAUCCCAACUCGAUGGACUCCGGCUACGGUGCGAGCGUGCUGAACGAUGCGCUCAUGAGCUCGCUACACAACAGCAGCAGCGGUUCGGUGACCGCGGCCAAGCAAUCGCACCACUCCCUGUUCCAGUUCAACCAGUCGCAGACGGCGCAGAACAGCAGCCUGUCCCGGCACAACAGCGCGAGCUCGCCCGCGAGCUCGCGGGGCCGACUGCUGCUGCACAGCAGCCUGUCGUCCGGCUCGAUGGAAUCGAUGGACGAUAUGGAGCUGUUCGACAUGGAAGCGAUGGAGGACGAUGACAUGGAGGGCAAGGGACAGCCGGGGCAGCAAUCGCGUACCCAGCAGCCGAGCGGGCUGAGCUCGCUGAUCUGCGGCACGAUCAAGACGACGACGCGCACGGCGACGACGCCCGAGCACCAGAAGCGCCCGUUCGUGCGCCGCUGCCUCAGCCUGACCGAGAACAACAAUGGCACCGUGCUGCAGCAGCAGCAGCAGAUGAAGACGCCGGAGCGCUACUCGCGCCGUAUGAUCGCGAUCGAGGAUCAGGAAAACUGCAACCUAACGCCGUACUCGUCGCGCACGGAAGCGGCGGUGACGCGCUGCUUCAAGCGGCCGGAACCGCCGGGCAUUAGCCCGGUGCAGAGCAAGCGCAGCAAGAUGCAGAUGGAUGCGGUUGCGUUCGCACCGCCGGCCGUGACCGCGCUGGACAGUCCGGCCCGCACGACCGUGCUGGCGGCGGUGCCGAAGAAGCCGGUGUACCAGAAGUCGAUCUCGAUGAACGAUGCGCAGAUCAUGAGCGCCCUGUCGCGGUCCUCGUCCGAGCCGGAUCUGAUCGGCGACUUCAGCAAAUCGUACGUGCUGCCGCUGAUGGAGGGCCAGCACCGGGAUCUGAAGUCGAUCUCGGGCGACACGAUGGCGCGGCUGGUACGCGGCGACUACAACGACAAGAUUGCGAGCUUCAAGAUCAUCGACUGCCGGUACCCGUACGAGUACGAGGGGGGCCACAUCCGGGGCGCGAAGAACCUGUACACCCAGGAGCAGAUCGUCGAGGAGCUGAUCCAGUCCAAGACGGCUCCGCCGAAGGUCACCGACGGCCAGGACGGGACGAUGCGCCGUCACAUCAUCGUGUUCCAUUGCGAGUUCUCGUCCGAGCGUGGUCCAAAAUUAUCACGCUUCCUGCGCAAUCACGAUCGCAUCCUGAAUGCCGACAGCUACCCGGCGCUGCACUAUCCGGAGAUGUACCUGCUGCACGGCGGCUACAAAGAGUUCUUCAAGGCGCAUGCCGAACUCUGCGAUCCGAUCGCGUACCGACCGAUGCUGGAUCCGGACUUCGGCGAAGCGUACCGGCACUUCCGGGCCAAGUCGCGCAGCUGGAAUGGGGACGGCACUGGUACGGUCAAGGCCAGCGCCACCGCCUCCUCCAGCUCGCUCGCCGGUGGACCGAACCGGCUGACCAAGUCGCGGUCUCGAUUGAUGCUGUAACGCCUCUCCCCCCUGGCACGCCGCUUAAUGGUGUGUGCGCUGAAAGCUGGUUGCUACCGAACUGUGUUGAACGUGUUUUUUCCCGUAUCUUUUGGUGCCCCGAUCUUCCUCCAUCACCCUUUCGCCCCUUCCCCUUUUAUCCACGCUCACGUCUCUUGUAUAUACGUUAUGGAAUGUUUUUUUUGUUGUUAUUAUAUUUUUAUACUUACUUUUACCUUAGUUUAAUGUUUUGUUUUUCUUUGCUAACGAAAGCAGAGCCGACAACAAUUACCGUUGCAAGACAGUUUUGUGCAUAUUUGGAAAAGUUUCAUUAAACGAAUGACAUUUUUGAACAAACAUUCAAAAUAAACAAAAAAAAAAGAAGAAGAAUAGGAAGAAACGUAACAAUUUUUCGUCAAUUAGCUACAAUUAACUUGUUGAAUUCAAACGCGCAGCACCAUACGGCAAUAGCAAUACACAAACCGAGAACUGGUCGUUCUGCUGUUAGCAUACUCAUUACUGACAAGCACAAAAAAGCACAUCUCCCCCGCUCUGAAAUAGUUUACCGUAUAGGUUUUUUUGUUUGUCUCAUUAUUGCUUUUUGAUGUGAACGUUUUUCUUUUAUUUUUUAAUUUUUCAUAGUUUACGUUCUUUUCUUUUAUUUUUUAGUUGCGUUGUUAUUCCUGAGUUUUUCUUUUUAAUAUCUGUGAUUUAGAAUGACUUAUCUUUUGAAGUAUUCUUUUCAUAACAAAAAAAAAAGAACCGCAUCGCCUUGUGCGAUGGGUGUCCCAAAAAAUCUCAUAAAACUUCAAUCGAAGUCGAAGAAGCGUCGUGGUGUAACGAAACUGGGGAUUUGGGGCGAACAGUUGACGACAAAUUGCGUCCCAGUGGAGACUAAACGAUAAGAAGUAAUGUUUUCCAAACCAUGUGUAGUAGGGACGGAAAACUGUCGAGAAUUGUUAGCAGCUUCGUGGAAAUGGAGCACUUGAAACUAGGCUCUUUACUCUCAUUUCUUACCUAAACAGCCACACCAGUUCUGUAGCAUUGCAAUAGAUUUUAGAGUUAUCGUUUGUUUUGGUGCGUGCACGGUUAGAGCAGGACGGUCACGAAGGAGCACGGUACUAAAAUGACAAGUGCAAAUUAGGUAAAUAAAUAUAAAAACCAACCUCCCGGGUGCGAUUGUAAGUGAUAACUACUACUACUACUACUAUAUGGAACCGAUACACAGCUCCAAACUGUGCGGAAAGUGUGAGGGUAGGCCUAUUUCCACAAACAAGUGAAAUGCCUGUCCAAGACAGCGGUGCUUGAUGUGGGACUUUGCGUGUUGUUAGGCUAUGCUAUAACAAGGGAGCGAAAAUACCACAAGGAUUAUUAAACCUAACCCCAUGGAAUACACAGUAGCGCAGAGUAGAUUCCUCUCCGACAGAUUAUACAUCUCACAAGCAUCGCUGCAUGAUUGUUGAAAAGAAGAAAAAAAAACAAAACAAGCAAAAACACACAGUUAAACAUGAAGAGUGCAAAUUUUUAGAAAGUUAGAUAGCGUCUUUGUUGUAACCAAAUUGUAGUAAUGAUCUAAACAACUUACUAUAUAUAGAGGCGCGCUACGGAGGAAUGCGAUGUGGCAGUAAAAUGUGCAAGAAUCAACGAUAGCAAAAUACCCUUAUUAGCGUGUAAGAUAAGAGUACGGAAAAAUUAUAACUAGCUAAAAAGAAGAAGUAGAAACCUCUAAAAAUACAGAAAACCAAUCGCAUAAAAUAGA